UCGUCUCUUGACAGUACACAGAGAUUAAGAAAAGCCUUUUCGAGCCAUUUUCCCUCCUGUAGUGGUGUUCUCUUUGAAGCGUGUGUCCUGAAAGGCGUUCGUUCGUUCGAGUGCUUUUCCGGAUGAAAGACCGCUGCUGUUUUGUCUUCCAGGAGGAAAUUUUGCUCAGGCUGCGCACUGUACACGCCUUGCCAGUUCUGUAAUUAAGCCGUGGAUCCCACCAGCAAUUUAAAAUGUUCCUGAGAUGGAUUUCUCAAAAGUUGAGGUGCAUUGAAGGCAGUUGAAAGCUUUGGGGUUAGCUUAUCGCAUUUUUAAAGACAGUGGGGAUGAAGGUAUUUCUAAAACAAAGGCUUUCAGGGGAGUGUUGUGGUUUGUGUGGUGGAGCUUGGAGAGGAUUUUCUCGCAGAUGGCACAGCAAACGACUGACCGCCUGCUCUCAUUUUGCUUUCGGGCGGAUUGUACGAGGUGAGUUUAACUAUCCGAGUGCUAAAAGUGAACGGCGUUGGUCUCCAGCUCCCGCUAAUGGAAAGACUCGGCUUAAUGUUCUGUGAAAGGCUUGUCGGAAGACCUUCUCAUGAGCCGUCGGUGUUACCACAGACGGUUAAUUUUACAGUCUGCGACAAGACCUAUUUUCAUGCCGUUUUUAUUUCCGACGAAGGUCGUCCUCGGGCUCGGAGUUCAGUUGUCUUCAUUUGCAGGUGAACCUGGAACAUAUUUCGACGUGCAAACAAUUAUGCGCGAGCUGGUAGUAAUUGUAUUCAAAAUACCGAACAGGUGUGGGUCCGAACGUCAGCGAUUGAAUAUUCAUGAGCACCUGUCUUGAAACGAACUCCUUAGGUUCGGAAACAGAAUUUUCAGAGCGCGCAACUGAGAUAUUUCUUUUCUGAGUCAACAGUUUCGCCUGUUAUCGUUUGCAGUAUUUUAUUACACGCUGUUAUUGGUGCUGUGUCCUCAUCGUCAUCAUCGCAGGCUGAGGAUGGGUUAUUAUUGGUGCUGUACCCCGCGAGUGAUUACCGGGAGUUACAGUGCUAUGCGGUUGCCAGGGAAAUGAGCAACUAUCAGGGGGUGUUAUUAUUUUAGCUGAGUGUUUUUCGGUAGACACAACAUUAGGAUCCUCUUGGCUGCCACGUUCUCUCAGGAAAUCUGUCUGCACUCAGUUCUGUUUUAUAUUAGGCAUCCAAAUGCACUCCAAAUAGAUGGUGUCUGUCUGUGUAGUUUCGUCCGGCUCUUUCGCUUUUUUUACCGGCCCAUUUGUGUUUCCAUGAUCUGGUAUAUUGUGGCUACACACAAGAAAGGAGUGUUUUUUUUCCCCCCCUUAGUGUCGCAUUCCAUUGUAAAAAUUAGCAGUGAGACAGGGUGAUGAGGCUCGUUCUGAUCUGUUGUUUGAAACACUGGCUUCAUUAGAACUGGCAACUUCCUCUGAGCAACAGUCAUGCGCCUGGGAUGCUGCUGCAUCCACAGAAAGUACGCCAGUCGGACAUCUGCAGCACCGCAGGGUCACAAGCGUGGACUCGCGGAAGCCGCUCGUGAGACGGCCCGCGAUCAGAGCCGACGAGGCCCCUGCCGGCGCGGAUGGCCGCUUCCUCUGGGGCCGUGUAAAACAGGCGUGGAGAAGCGAGACCACGAGCGCUGCGGGGCAAGGACGGCAGGGUUCCGCACGUGCCCAUCCAGAAUGGACGGAGCGCCGCAGCUGCACCCCUCGAGCCACGAUCCGAUGCCAAUUAGUGCAAUGUGGGAAAGCAAGCGUGGACGGAACGCACUGGCGGCGAUGAGCCCAUUCCACCGGUGCCCCGCUGCGGUCACCCUGCUCGGAGCAGAUCCGGAAGAGUACCAGCCGCCCAUAUGGAAGUCCUACCUGUACCAGCUACAGCAGGAGGCUCCACGUCCCAAGAGGAUCACCUGUUCCCAGGAGAUGGAGAGCAGGCCAAAGUACUACGGCAGAGAGUUCCACGGUAUGAUUUCUCGGGAGAGGGCGGACGAGCUUCUGGAAGGUGCCGAGGGGGCGUACCUUAUCAGAGAGAGCCAGAGACAGCCGGGAACCCACACUCUGGCUCUGAGGUUUGGGAACCAGACACUGAACUACAGGCUCUUCUAUGAUGGAAAGCACUUUGUCGGGGAGAAGAGGUUCGAGUCGAUCCACGACCUGGUGACAGAUGCCCUGAUCACGCUCUACAUCGAGACCAAGGCUGCCGAGUACAUCGCCAAGAUGACCACCAACCCCAUUUAUGAGCACGUGGGGUACACAUCCCAGCGGAGGAACAGGGUCACGCGGCAGCUCUGCAGGGGUCCACCACAGUCCAGAAAGGUUACCUUCCAGCAGGAUAACAAGAUCCCCUCCCCGUCCUCGCUGGGUUUACGGCCCACCGCGCGGGACCAGGAGAAACACUGCAGCUAUGAAAAGGCCCACAAUUUUAAGACCCACACCUUCAGAGGACCCCACUGGUGUGAAUACUGUGCCAACUUCAUGUGGGGUCUCAUCGCCCAGGGGCUGCGCUGCACAGACUGCGGGCUGAACGUGCACAAACAGUGCUCCAAGCUGGUGCCCUACGACUGCCAGCCGGACCUGCGGCGGAUAAAGAAGGUCUUCAGCUGUGAUCUCACCACGCUGGUCAAGGCCCACAACACACAGCGACCCAUGGUGGUGGACAUGUGUAUCCGGGAGAUUGAGCGCAGAGGUCUGCAGUCGGAAGGGUUAUACCGAGUGUCCGGGUUUACCGAGCACAUCGAGGACGUGAAGCUGGCCUUUGAUCGAGAUGGGGACAAGGCUGACAUCAGUGAGGAUGUCUACCCUGACAUCAACAUUAUCGCCGGAGCCCUGAAGCUCUACCUGCGAGACUUACCCAUCCCUGUCAUCACUUAUGACCUGUACUCCAAAUUCAUACAGGGUGCAAAGAUUUCUAAUCCGGAUGCCCGACUGGAGGCGAUUCACGACGGUCUGUUGAUGCUCCCACCCGCACACUAUGAAACACUCCGCUACCUUAUCACACACCUGAAGAGAGUAACCAUGUACGAAAAGGAAAACUUGAUGAACGCCGAGAACCUCGGCAUCGUGUUCGGACCAACCCUGAUGCAGCCGCCUGAUCAGAACACUCUGGCAACUCUGAACGACAUGCGAUACCAGAAGCUCAUCGUUCAGAUCCUGAUUGAAAAUGAAGACAUCUUGUUUUAAAAGCAAAAAAAAAGGCAAAAUGUGUGUCCCUUAGUCUCCCUGAACGAGGGCCCGUAUUUAUUACGAAUGUCUCCAUUUCAUUCAGAUUGUUCCAUUUGGCUUUUUUUUUAAUUAUUUUUUUUGCUCUGCAACUUGUAAAAUGGUCAGUAGUUCAUCUGACUCAUAUAUGGAGAAGCGUAUGACCGUGUGAAGGUCAGAGGUGACUCCCUCACCUUCCGCUUCAAGUUUCAAGGGUCACGUUUAUGCCCAUGUCUCUCUCAGGUGGCACGCAGCCAGACAUCCUCCGCGCUGGCAGCGUUCAGUGGCACAUACGAAGGUCCUAAAAUAUUUCGGCGUUCCGUUUCGUUAACAUCGUUCUCGGAACGGUUUUGUUGACGAGAUAUUCCCGGAUGAAUUCUUGCACGGUUUAUUAAUUCUCGCUCCAUCUCAGCUGAGGCCUGGUCCCUAUUCAGAUCAACGCUGGAAGCUGUGCCUCAGCCUACAUAGGUGCUGUAGGUUAUGGUGAC